UGGCUUCACUUUUCAGACCGGAGCGGAGGCUUCGUCCUCCUCUUGUAGACAGCCCAGGGGUGUUACCCGUGUUUUCGUGUACGAGCUGUGACCCCCACACAGUUUGCUUUCAGUUCAUUAAAGUUAAUUGUAACAUUUUGGCUCGUUGUGUACAAUGUCUUGUUCAGCGUACGGUUGUUCUAGAAGACAUUCUAAGGGGUCGGACGUUAAUUUUUUUAGAUUUCCUUUAGGAGACGAUGCAAGGCUGGAGCAAUGGUUGCUGAAUGUGAGAAGAAGGAACUGGAUCCCAUCUAAAAGUUCACGUCUGUGCAGUACGCACUUUAAGGAGGAUCAGUUCUUCAUAGACAAGGAGGGCAAGAGGAGGUUGAAGGAGACUGCUGUGCCUACUAUUUUCGUCUUUCAGAACCAUUGGUUGAUAGAGGAUGUAACUAACACAACCACACAGAACAACCUGCUACGUUUGACUACCAACAUUGACAAUGGACCUUAUCAUGACAUUGUCAAUCUGGAGCAAGCGCCUAUUGAGGAGGACGAUGUUGUUGAUGAUGUCGCUUACGGUGUCGCUGAUGAUGUCCUUGAUGAUAUCCUUGAUGAUGACAUUGUUAGGGUUAUUGUCGGUGGUGAUGUUGAUGAGGUCGUUUCCGACGACACAAGCGAGUGUGACACAAGCAUAACUCCACAAUCCGCUUUGCAUGAUCAUAGCUACCGGAGUCUAAAACAAGAGCAGAUCUAUGUGAGCACCGAUCACAACUACAUUGUUUCUGGUUCUCCCCGGACACUGAAGCGUAAAGUGGACGCAGUACAAGAUCAGCUUGUCUUGGCUCAUAAAAAGCUUAAGUUAAAGUCUCAGGAGACAAGGCGAAUGAAGUCGAGACUCUUGUCCAUGAAAAAUCUGACAAAGGAUCUAAAGAAAAAGUUGAAUGCAGUUGAAAAAGCUCAUGCAGGAGUUCAUAAGUAAUGGAGGUAAGGUGCAAAAAGUCCAGAGGAGUUCUUGUGUGUGAGAUUAAAGCUUCAAGGAAGAAGCUGUUCUGAAGUCUUUUCAUGUUAAAAGUCUCUUGUAGAGAUGCACCAUUUGUAAUUUUCUUGGCCGAUUCCGAUUUUUCUUUCGAAGAACUUUAAUUGGCUUCAAGGCUCUGGAGUAAAACAUCUUUUAACUCUCUCUCUGAACUGUCAUUGUAUUCCGUCAAAAACUCUAAUUCUCCUUUCUUUAGU